GUCUCCAAAAUGUUUGCGAGCGUCCAGUUGACAGCGCCGCAUCUCAGGACUCACACGAAAGGAGCGGUGCACCCAAAAACAACCACGACGACCGCUUGCAUCUGACUUGUCACGGGGCAGAUCUUCAAACAUGGGUUGCUUCGAGUGCUGCAUUAAAUGUUUAGGCGGCGUGCCGUACGCGUCGUUGGUGGCGACCAUCUUGUGCUUCUCCGGCGUGGCCCUCUUCUGCGGCUGCGGUCACGUGGCGCUGACGGGCACCGUCAGUAUCCUAGAAAGUCACUUCUCCAAGGUCGCCAGUGAUCACGCCAUGCUCACCGACGUAAUACAGCUGAUGCAGUACGUCAUCUACGGCAUCGCCUCCUUCUUCUUCCUGUACGGCAUCAUCCUGCUGGCGGAGGGCUUCUACACCACCAGCGCCGUCAAGGAGCUGCACAGCGAGUUCAAGACCACCAUCUGCGGACGCUGCAUCAGCGGAAUGUUUGUGUUCCUCACCUACGUUCUGGGCGUGGCCUGGCUGGGCGUGUUCGGCUUCUCCGCCGUGCCCGUCUUCCUCUUCUACAACAUGUGGUCCACCUGCGCCAGCAUGAAGUCGUCCAUGUCCAACCUCACCGACAUCGACUCCAUCUGCGUGGACGUGCGUCAGUACGGAAUCAUCCCAUGGAACGCAACACCGGGGAAGGCCUGUGGAUCCACGCUAGGUGACAUCUGCAACACAAGCGAGUUCUACCUGUCAUAUCACUUGUACAUUGUUGCCUGCGCUGGAGCCGGAGCCACUGUGAUCGCUCUGAUCCACUUCCUCAUGAUUCUCUCCGCAAACUGGGCCUACCUUAAGGACGCCAGUCAAAUGCAUGCCUACCAAGACAUCAAAAUGAAAGAGGAGCAGGAGCUGCAGGACAUCACGUCACGCUCCAAGGAAUGCCUUCAUUCCUACACAUAAGGGCAUCGCACACGCACACGCGCGCACACGCAUUCAUGCGAAGGGCACGCAAGGGCAACCGUUCUGGCCCGUCGGGACAAGGCUGAGCUACAAUAACCACCUGUGCCGCACUAACAGACUAACACACUGCGUCCUCCGCGCUAACUCACCAUCUAGUAAUUUGCUUCUUAUUUUUUCUUUCUUACAUGUCUUGAUUGUCUACGGCUGUCAUUUGGUAACCACUCUUUGCAAGGUGAAGCUCGAGACAUGAUUGCAUUAUAAUUAUUGUUACGCAUAAGCACAUGUGACAGUAGAAGCAUUGAAUUAUUCGCCCGUGCCCACCCGGUUUAUUUAGUCUGCAUAAUCCAUCUACGACAUGCACAAAAACAUUGCUGUGAAUACACUCAAACCGCAUCAAAAAGUAGAUAUAGUAUAUCAAAAACGUGCAUGGAGGCAGUUCUAUGUGCUUUUGUGUGCAAAUAUGUUAACUUCAUGGCCUACAUUAACUCUACCUCAGGGGUCUGCUGGAGCCGGAUGAACAUGGAAAAUGUCAAGCAUGUGCUGUACAACUAUAGUUGGGUAUUUUCAUUGUAAUACUCAUUAAGCCACAACAUUAGCUAUACCUGCAAACUCAAAUACUACAGACUAUGUACAGGUGCAUUUGAGUACAUUAGAUGAUUGCAGAAACUUUCAUUUAUUUCAGUGGUUCAAAUGAAAACACAGUAAAAUAUUUCAAUGUUUUAUUUCAUUUUAAAGAUUGAAACCCCAAAUUCCCUGUCUCAAGAAAUUUGAAUAUUAGAUAAGAAACAAUCAAAAGUAAUUUUUAGUAGGGAAAUUAGGUAGGCAUUGGCCAGCAGAAAAAUAUUUUCCCGUGUUUAAUUCAUUUGUCUAUCAUGAAUUGAACUACUGAAAUAAAUAGAUUUUUCUAUGAUAUUCUAAUUUAUUAAGAUACAAGUGUAUGUAGAACAGUCCAAAUGUUAUAGUGUGGCUUUCGUUUUCUCCACUUUAGCAUUAAAAAAAGACUUUUAGAGAAAGUGAUGGGACUACAAUUCAAUAUUGUGAAAUGAGCUUACCUUUAGAACUUGUUGCAAGCUGUUUUUAAAGGUGAUUUCAUAAAAAAUGAUUCUCGUUCUAUUUUAGUAACCAAUAUAUAUGAAACAUCUAUUUGUGACACUAGUCAGGGUAUCCUUGUAAAGGGUUUGUUAAUGCUUUAUUAAGAUUGCAUUGUCCAAAACUUUGCUAGCCAUGAAUGGAAGUACAGUACCUAAUUGUCUCAUCGUUUUAAACUAGUUUAAAUUCACCAAAUUGUGAGUAGCCUAUAUUAUAUUUAAUAAGGACUUAUAACGCAUAAGAACGUAAGUCUUAGCAUGGCUACAUGUAAAGACUGCAAAUUACAAAAAAUAAAUCAAACAUAAAAUCAUUCAUUAUUGACAGAGCAUUAUUAUGUUAGGACAGGACUUUUCCCCACAGGUCUCAUAUUGGUUCACUUUAGACAGUGCAGGUGUACCUAAUAUUGUGGAACGUGAGUACAGUUUAAGUUAGCUUAGUCACACUCUGCAUCACAGCAUGCGACUGUAUGCCAUAACAACAACAUGCUUGCUACAUAUAUAAUUACAAGUAAGGAUUUGAUCUCUCACAUUUGCCAUUUCAGCUCAUUAUUGUGAAUUGUAGUUACUCUACAGUGUUAUCAAACAUGACGUGUGUGUGCUUUGGUGCCAGUGGAACAAGUUUGGAUUAUCUAAAGAGCUUGAAAGUGUGACCUGUGUACAAUUAUUUUUGUAAUACUUUUUUUUUCUCCAACCUUUUUCUAUAAUUGCAUCGGAAUUUGAAGUGUUAUAAUUACUGUUGUGUAAUCUUUUUAUGAUGUUAGUUGCUGCGCUAACGUUUUUGUUGCAUGAAGAUCAAAUGCAGAGUUGAUACACGAUCACGUAUAUUGACUUUGUGGUAGUAGGCAGUGUUUGCCUGUUCCUGUUUUGUUUAAUACAAAUGAUUAGCUCAGUAAUUCUUGAUGCUUAUAGGUUACUUUUAUCCUACUGUAUGUAAAUCUUAUUAGUACACAUUUUCUACGUCUUUUCUAUGAAUGUUAAAGGGCUUCCCCCCACUGAACCCUAAGUCAUUUUAAGACUUUUAAACAAGCAACGACAUUCAUGCAAUGGGAUUUAGCCUAAGUGUGGACGGCAAGUGUCUCCUUUUGAAUCAACCAAAAACACGAAGAAGAAAAAAAAAUGCUACCUAUCAAGUAAUCAAUCACCAGGAGGACAAACAAACCAACAUAUUGUUUUGCCGGAGAAAUAAAACACACACACAACUGGCUUGUUAAUUUUUUUUAAUGAAAAUUAAAAAAAAAGUGAAACAAAAUCUCUCCUAAUUUUUCAUCUGAUGUUACAACAAAUACAAAGCAAUGUGUUCAUUCAUGUAUUCAUCCACACUAUAUAAAGGCGGAAAAAGAAAUUCACCAGCAAACUCGCGGUUCACCAGAAAUCAUCGUCG